AUGCUUGCCACUAUCGGCAGCAUCACCUUUGAGCACCAAAGAACACUCCCUCAGGUCGUUCUACUGGUGGACUUCCACAAGCUAUACACGUUGCUCUACAAGCUCAAUAUUAGCUGCCUCGAGCCUGAUCAUCGCGAGGUGAAGAAGCGCUACAGUGAGGCGCUGCAUGCCUACGCGACGCACAACGUCGGCCGGCCCCUGGAGAAACCGAACCUGUUCUUCGAGGGUGUCCAGAGAAAAAUAGCGCGAGGCGUCAAGAAGGAGGAGGUUGGAUACCAACUGGCGUUCAGUAAACAGGAGCUGCGGAAAGUGAUAAAAGAGAACGCGGCACAUCAAGUGAACCGCGGACUGGAGGCCAUGUAA